AUGUCAACAAGAUUGAUCAAAAUCACAAACCUCAGUCUUCUGUUAUGGCUUUUCAUGUCCACAACAAUUCUUGCGCAAUCUGAAAAUGAACCAGUUCUUGACACAAAAGGAAACCCUUUGGAGAGAGGCAAAGAGUAUUACAUAAAACCAGCUAUAACAGAUAGUGGAGGCCGUUUCACUUUGAUAAACAGAAACAGUUCCUGCCCUUUAUAUGUAGGUCAAGAAAACACAGAUCUUGGAAAAGGGUUGCCUGUUAUUUUCACACCUUUUGCAAAAGAAGAUAAAGUUAUUAAGGUAGAAAGGGAUUUUAAGGUGAGGUUUUCAGCUUCUUCAAUUUGUGUACAGUCCACAGAAUGGAAGUUGGGUGAUAGAGACAGUAAGAGUGGAAGGAGGCUUAUUAUAGCAGGGACUGAUCGUUAUAACUAUUUUAGAAUUGCGAAGACUCAGUUUGGAGGUAUAUAUAAUAUUGAGUUUUGUCCCUCUGUGUGUGACACUUGUAGGUUUGAGUGUGGUACUUUGGGUGGUUUGCGUGAGAAUGGAAAGAUAUUAUCGGCUUUGGGUGAUAAUAAGCUUCCGGUUCAGUUUAUAAGAGCAUAA